AUGGUAACUGGUUUAAAUGAGUCAGCACUUAGUACCAGUACACAAAUACACUCGCAAACUUAUGAUUAUGAUAUUGGUGUCUAUGUAGAAAAAACGUGUACUAAUGAUGAAAAGUAUAAGAUUUUGAAAAAUCGAUGGAUACCAAAUGAAUUUUAUAAAUUUCCUAUCAGUGGAACAAGAAAACUUAAAUUCCAAAGAAACUGGUUACUAGAAUUCCCUUGGCUUUCGUAUUCAGAAAAAUUAGACGGUGCUUUUUGCGUAUUCUGUUUUUUAUUUUGUUCUAAAGAAGUGGGAAAAGGAAGUCAUAUCUCUACAAAGUCCCUCGUAGUGACUCCAUUCUGUCGUUGGAAAGAUGCAAAAGAGCAAUUCCGUUAUCACACAAAUUUAGAAUAUCAUAAAACUUCUUGUAUAGUUGCUCAGAAUUUUAUAGAUGUACACGAAAAAAAAAUCGUUGAUAUUAGCCUUCAGCUUAAUACAGCCCGUUUAGCGACAAUCGAACAAAACCGGCAAAUUUUAUCGUCUAUUGUUGAAACAAUCAUUUUAAUUGGAAGGCAAGAAAUUGCCUUAAGAGGUCAUCGUGAUUCAGGUCCAAUAUUAUCGAAAGUUUCAAACCAUAAUGUAACAUAA